AUGAAGAAGGAUGCCCCAUUUGAGUGGGAUCAAGCCUAUCGAAACGCUUUUGAUAGUAUCAAGAAGUAUCUUCUUAAUCCACCAGUGUUAGGAGCACCAAUACCAGGAAAACCACUCAUACUUUACAUAGCUGCGCAAGAAGAAUCCCUCAGUGCUCUUCUUGCACAAAAUAAUAAAGAAUGUAAGGAAAUGCCUUUAUAUUACUUGAGCCGUAGGCUCACACCAAUAGAGUUAAAGUACCCUCCAAUUGAGAAAACUUGUCUUGCACUAGUUUUUGCCACCAAGAAAUUAAGACAUUACUUCUUGGCUCAUACAGUGCAUCAUAUUGCAAGGGCAGACCCUCUUAAGUAUGUAAUGUCUAGACCUGUUCUUUCUGGGCGUUUGGCAAGGUGGUCUAUCCUACUCAAUGAAUUUGAGAUUAUCUAUGUCCCGCGAAAAGCAGUGAAAGGGCAAGUCUUGGUGGAUUUCUUGGCUGACUACCCUAUCCCAGCCGAUUGGGAAAUUUCGGGAGAUUUUCCUGACGAAGAAGUCUUCCUUAUUGAUAUUCUACUGCCUUGGAUGAUAUUUUUUGACGGAUCAGCACGGUCUGAUGGGGCUGGGGUAAGCGUAGUGUUCGUCUUUCCACAAAGGCAGAUUCUUUCAUAUGCAUUUACACUCACUGAAAAAUGCUCAAAUAAUGUUGCGGAAUAUCAAGCCUUAAUUAUUGGUCUUCAAAUGGUAAGUGAGAUGAAGAUUAUGGAUCUAGAGAUAUAUAGAGAUUCUCAACUGGUGAUCAAUCAACUUCUCAAAGAGUAUGAGGUUAAGAAAGAUAACCUGAUACCAUAUCAUUGUUAUGCUUUUCACCUAUUGAAAAAUUUUGAUAGCACCGUCCUAGAACAUAUUCCUAGAAAGUAA